UGGAGACGUCGCUCAGGCGGGGAUUAUACGCUGCGCUGUCGCAAUCUGACUGCGAGCGCGCUGGACAUCACUGGGGAACGGCGUCCGACGGUAACAGCGAGGAACAUCGCACGCGUUCCACGACGUCCGCGCGGUCCACCCCUUCCCCAACGGCCUUCUCGCUCCCUCUUUCACCCCAUCCAUCACGUGCACCCUUCCGACGAACCCGAGAACAGCUCUGGGCCGAAAACCAACGCCUCCGAAAGUUCCUGCGGGAGCUGGAGCGGCAGCUUCAUGAGAUGACGAUCCAGCGCGACGCCGCGGAGGCCCGCGGGAUCCUUCUGCAGCGGCAAUGUGCCAUCCUCCAACACCGACUCAACGCAAUGACGCACACGCGGGGGGGACGCCGUUUCAACCCAAUGCCGCGCGUCACAUCGGCUGGGGCGCAGGCGGAACGGAACGGAACGCCGUGGCCAAAGGCCUCGAAGACGAUGCGCAGAAAGGGGGCGCCGCCCGAGACCGCGACGCGCGGCGCGCGAUCGCGUCGACGGUGUUCAGCGGGAGCCUCGGGACGAAGGCCAAAGCGCAGCUGCGGGACAUCGCGAGCGCGCUGGGGUUGCCGGUCGAGGGUACCAAGAAGGUCGUUGUGGAGCGUAUCCAGGCCCACCUCGACGCGACGCCCGCCCUCGCCGACCACCCCCGCUUCGCAGGCCUUCGCGCGUGCCGCACAUAAGUUCGGUCGCUGUAUACGUCGUACGUACUGUCAAAAAAAGCAAUUCCAUCU